AUGACAGCUGAACAGCUAUACGCAAUAGAAGUUGAAGAACCAUUAAUUGUCAAGCUGCACGAAAAGCUUUUUAGGCCUUAUACACAUCUUGCCUUCAAGUUUAUUUCACUUCCACUUGCCAGUCGAGUUAAAUUAAUAAAUACUUCCAACGAUACAAACGGCACACAAUUUCUGCUUAGAAAUUAUACCGAUAUUCAAUGGGAUAAGAAAAUGUAUAUAACAUCAGAACAGCUUCGCCUAAAAAACCACGACCAUACUUUUAAAGUAAACUAUAAUUGUUUUCUAAACCUUAAUUUCCUUCAGAUUUUCACCAAGUCAUCUUCUUUAACUCUGCCUAGAUGGGAAUGGAAAUUAGACUUUCAAAUUGUACAAAAUUUGUCAUGUGUUAACGACGAGCUUCGAGUUACCCUUACCGCCGUGGAUGUUGAUCACACUGGCCGAUCUGUCGAAUAUAUGUUAAUGAUUUGUAGUGAAAGAAAAGUUUUAAGAACAAUUACUGACAAAAAAUUCUUCUCAAAAUCGAGGUAA